GUUGUGUCGGAACUGUCAAGGAGUGAACACCGCGGAGCUCAGACGUCCCUCCCCGCCCCGCCGGCACCUCCACCCCCUGCCACCCCAGCACAGCCAUUGACGGCGUAGGCGAUGAGCUAGCUAGCGGAGGAGUUAGCGACACAGAGGAAGACCCCGCGCAGAUGUGACCCGGCAGUGCAUUGGGCCAGGCGGAUGUGGGUUCACCGACGACCCGGAUUCUACCAACCACACCAGAGAACAGGACGCUGAAGGAAUUAACCGAUUUCCGAAAACACAGAGAAGGAGGAAGUGGAAGACAUAUCAUACGAGUUUUGUAAAGAGAAGGGAGAGUUUUGUGAAGGGGAGGGAGAGAGAGAGAGAGAACCCCUGAACUCCACCCACGCUAGGAGUAUACAAGGAAGAUACCAUAAAGUGAACCCGUUGCAAAGGCUGACAUCCUGACCCCGUGUUGAAGUGAGUGACUGUGGAACGCGUUUGACCCACCAACACUAAGGUGAUUCGAAGCAGUUCCUGAAGUCCUUCCGGCGCACCAGUGGUUCAGAACGCAUUCACCUCCUCGGGAAAUAGCUUUAAGGUGACCCACGAAGAGAGAGUGUCCACCCAAAAUGGCGGAGGAGGGUUGAGCUCACGGCGCGGGCAAAAGACAUAGAUUCACAUAGACACCAGGGAAGUAAUAGAUUGUGUGUGCUGUGCGUGAAGGCGUGGGACUUUGAGAAAACACUUGUGGCGGUUCGGUGUUGUGUGGCGCUCUAUCUCUCACCGCCGCUGUGCAAGGAUUAAGUCAGGAAGUCAGUAUGGCCCGCCGAUCUACGAGUCUGACCUGGUUGUGCUGCGCUGUGCUGUGCUGGGCGGCGUCUCAGUGUCAGGUGAAGGCCAAAAACACCUCGAACAGCACAGCGUCGGCCAUUCCAACCUCCGUCCUGACCUCGCUCCUGGACACCCUCGCCAAGGCCACGGACUCCGCGCGCUGCCCUGGGAAGUGUCUGCAUACCCUAGCAGCCCUCAUGUGCAACGAGGUGGUUCGCGGCGAGGACCUCUGCCCAGAUGGGACGGUGUGUUGCCGGCCCCGCGCCCAGCCAGGGGCGAGCGACGCUGACCUUGUGACCGACGUGACCACCGAGACGAUCCCAGACGAGACGACGCUGGUUACGGAGGGAAUCUCAACUUGGGGAGGAGUCUUGGAGGAGGAGGAGGAGGAGGAGGAGGAAGGGAAGAAGGAGGAGGAGGAGGAUGGAGAGGCGCCCCCAACCAAGCUCCCCACAACAGAGCGUCCCUCCACCAGCACCGCACCGAAGCCCACAUCCCCGCCUGGCAAAACGAAGGAGGAGGUGGAGGCGCCGAAGGAGGAGGUGCAGGAGGAGGAGAUGACGACGGACCUUCCUACCACGACGGGUACUACAGCUAAGGCGCAGGCGUACGCUCCCUCCAGUAGUCUUCGCGUCUGUCCCGGGGUGUGCGUGGCCGACAGGAUCUCCGAGUACUGCGAGGCGGCGCUGGACGUCGCCGAACUCUGCCGCUCGGGUCUCCGUUGCUGUGUAUCUGGCGAUCUCUUUCUCGACGUGGAUGAGCCGCCCAAGGAAUUUGUGCUCCUCAACCCCAAGCGGAAGCCGGGCGAGGAUGACGGAGAGGAAGGAGGAGGAGGAGGAGGAGGAGGAGGAGAGGAAGAAGGUGACGAGGAGGUUAACCGAGAGACAGACAGAAUAGACGGAGCUUCACCCUCUCCAAACCCCACCACCACCACCACCACAACCACCACCUCUACCACCACCUCCACCACCACUAAGCCUCCUCGUAGCCCAAUCCCAACCCUGCGUCCCCCUCGGCCGGUCUCACGCCCCACCAGACCCUCAAACAUCCCUCCUGAACUCCGGUGCAAAGGAACGUGUGUUGCUGGGUUCUUUGCCUUCCUGUGUGACGAGGUUGACCGCUCCGGCGUGUGUCCUCGAAGCGGGCGAUGUUGCGUCACCAAACGAGGCCGCCCGGACCUUCCAGAUGACGCCCCAGACAGACCACACCCCGCUACGGAAGGUCCCACGCCAUUUAUCACCAGCGCGGUUACGACCACUCCUGUCCCCACCACCGCCCUCACCACGACCAAGGCUCCAUCCUCAGCUCUCCCGCCGUGCCCUGGAACCUGUCUUUCUGAACUUGUGGCAUCCUUCUGCAGCCAGCCGUCCGUUGUCGUGGAGGCGUCGGGCUGCGAGGAGGGACAUGUCUGCUGUGACGAUAGGGAGGAUAGUGAUUCCAGGCAGCCUCCACCUUCCCGGCAGCCUCCCCCGCCCCGUCAGCCGCCUCCGCCCCGUCGCCCGCCACCUUCGGAUAUCCCCCCAGCCUUCCAGAACAUCGCCUCGCUCUUCACAAGGCAGCCACAGCCCCCACGGAGACCAGAUCGCCGUCCGCCAUCCCCGCCACGCCGACCCCCGCGACCACGCCCGACCACGACCACUACGACCACCACUACCACGACCACUACAACCACCACGCCGAUGCCCACCACUACCGAGGAGCCGGAUCUGAGGGAGGAGUGCCCGGGGACCUGUAUCCAACCCUUCCUCUCCUUCACCUGUUUCGGCAACGCGGAGAUGACCACGCUGUUCCGCUGCGACAAGGGCAAAACGGAGUGCUGCUCACCCAAGUCAGCGCUCCGAGACGUGCUUCGCUUCGAGGAGGUCCACAACAUCGCUCGGAACGACACGGCCUUCGUCCCGGACUACGACGUGGUGUACCCCCAGCCCGGGCCCGACCUGCACCAACCCCCCUUCCCCCAGCAGCCGUACCCGCACCCGCCUUACGAGCACCCGCCCUACGACCCGUCCUAUGAGCAUUCAGCAUACGAACAGCCGUACGAGCAGCCGCCCCCGUACGAGCAGCCUCCAUACCAGCCUCAGCCGCCCUACGAGCCGACUUAUGAGCAGCCCCCGCAGCCCUCCUACGAGCAGCCCUACGCCCAGCCCCCGGCCUACGAGCAGCCGUCACAGCCGCCCUAUGACCAGCCGGCCUACAACCAGCCGCCGCCUUACGAGCAGCCACCCUUCGACCGCCGCCCAUACCUCCCCGUGCAGAACGCCUCGAUAGGCUCUGCUCCCCCACACCUGACGACGACGACCCGCGCACCUGUGAGGAACAAGUACGUUUGCGGAGUGAAGGGCAGCGAGCGGGGGGCACGCGUGGUGGGCGGGGAGGACGCGGUGCCCGGCGAAUGGUGUUGGCAGGUGGCGCUCAUCAACUCCCUCAACCAGUACCUGUGUGGCGGGGCGCUGAUCGGCACGCAAUGGGUGCUGACCGCCGCACACUGCGUCACCAACAUCGUCAGGUCCGGGGAUGCCGUCUACGUCCGAGUCGGCGACCAUGACCUGACCACCAAGUUCGGCUCGCCCGGCGCCCAGACGCUGCGAGUGGCGACGACCUACAUUCACCACAACCACAACUCCCAGACGCUGGACAACGACAUCGCGCUGCUCAAGUUGCACGCCCACGCCGACCUGAACGAGGGCGUGUGUCUGGCGUGCCUCCCCGCGCGAGGCGUCAACCAGGUGGCCGGCAGCCGCUGCACCGUCACGGGCUACGGCUACAUGGGCGAGAAAGGCCCCAUACCCCUGCGCGUGCGUGAGGCUGAGAUGCCCGUGGUGUCGGACAACGAGUGUAUUCGCAAAAUCAACGCCGUGACGGAGAAGAUCUUCAUCCUGCCCGCCUCCUCCUUCUGUGCCGGCGGCGAGAAGGGACACGACGCCUGCCAGGGUGACGGUGGGGGUCCCCUCGUGUGCAAAGUGGACGGUUACUACGAGCUGAGCGGUCUCGUCUCCUGGGGCUUCGGCUGCGGCAGGAAGGACGUGCCGGGAGUGUACGUGAAGGUCUCCUCGUUCAUCGGCUGGAUCAACCAAAUCAUCUCCGUUAACAACAUGUAGCCGCCUAAACCCCCCCCCCCCCCGACGCCCACCCCAACCCACCCCGCCCCCCACCCCUAUCACGACCCUGCGUGCGUGCGUGACCCCGGGAUAGCCGCCACACACACACACACACACACACACACACACACACACACACACACACACACACGCUCCUCCAGACGACACUGUGAUGCAAAGUUGUUAAACGCUCUCCAUAUGUGUGUGUGUGUGUGUGUGUGUGUGUGUGUGUGUGUAACUCGCUAUAACGGUAACAACUUCGGUGGGUCGCGGCGGGCUCGCACAUCGGGAACUGGCGGGCCGCGGGCGUCGAACUGGUUUCAGUGCGUCGUGUCGGAGGUCGGGUUGCACGUCCCGACCGUCGUGGUAGUCGUCGGCGGGCAGUGGAUCGCUAUUCUCAAUCUCAGACACCUCCAUCACAUCAACUCUUCCCAAAGGGCGAAAAGGAGGGCAGUCGGGUUCUACUGAGUGUUUCCAUUGGUCCAGGGUACAGGAGCAGGGUCAAGCUACCACCAGGGUCAUAACACCACCCAUACAGCGACGCCAAACUGUCGUACUCGUGAACAUCGUAUUUUUAUCAUUUUCAAGCCUAAAACUCUCGUACCUUUAGAAGUAACGAUCGAAAAUUAAAGUUAUCGCUGAAAAUUUUAAAUACUGAUGUUUUUCUUUCAAUUUCGUAAUAGUUAUACGUCAGAAACUUAGAUAGGGCAAUGUGAUGCGUACGAUAAUAUAGCAACGCUGACACCGAAGCACCUGACCACCGGCGUACAGUUAGCCAAAAAAGUAUCUUCCUCCUCGUGACCGAUGGCAUAGACUGAGCAAGGAGUUAGCGGCGGGGAGGGACGGCGGGAAAGGCUCUAUUUUCGGCUGUCCUCGUGUUCCCAGGAGUCCCACAGACCCACACGGACCAGCGGCAUUAAUAAGUAACCUUCACACACACACACACACACACACACACACACACACACACACACGCGCAGCCCCGAGGGUCGUGUAGUCUCUCCCAAGUUCAACACUCCCUCCUCUAACGUCUGUCGGCAGGAAGUAGUCUUGGCGGACAACAAACGCACUUUAUUUAUUAUUUUCUAAUCUAUUUAUAUAUCGUUAGUGUGGAUAUGUUGACACAGGUGCGCAGAGGCUCCGGGCGCGGCCAUGAACUGUACGUGUUGCUUGUGAACAUGGAUCGUUUUGUAAGACACUCGCUUCUCACAUCAGCUAUCUCUAAAGGUCAAAGAGGGGGUCAAUCGGGUUUUAAUGGUUGUUUUUUUAGGUUCACGGUGCAGAGGAAGGGUCAAACUACCACCAGGGUCAUGAAACUACUUCUGGAAAUGUCCCAAACUCCUACGAAAGCCUUGUCAAAUAUGUGUUCUUGGGCGGUGAAAUGUCUUACGAUACGACCCCAUGAUUACUGGUCGGCCAAGGUCUGACUGGCACGCUGCUCGAACCGCUGCUCGGGCCAAAGUGAGCAGCGGGGCGCAACGCAGCCAGCCAAAGACACGUGUUACUCCUUGGCGGGAAGACUGUCGCGACGCGGGGCUGAAGACACUAGCUCCUGGGGGUGACGAAGCCUGUAUUCUCAGAGCAAGUAUUUCCCAAGGCUACGAAGGAGAUUAGUCGGGGUCUCAUUCACGGUACAGAAGGCUUGUCAAACUAAUACUCUUAGUCUAUAUACACCAGGUCAAGUCACGCGCAGGUUUGUGGGAGGAGACACGGCCGAGGCGUGGUUUAUGCGUGACGUUGCUUGGAGCCAAACUAGAGAAUGUAGAAACAGGGAUUUAGAGAAAACGAGGAAAGGCGGACUAAUUUAAAUCAAUCACCUCAACAUGCCCUCCCUCACACCCCACACCGCCGUUUGUAGGCAUUGGAAUUACAGUCACGCAAUAGCAUAAUAAAACGACAUAUAUUUUCGUCAGUGGCUUGCCUGAACGCGCUGUGAAAGGAGGCGAGAAUGCACAUCCAGAGUGCACACACGGCCCCAACUUUAGUCACCCCUGAACUGGCGGGUAUUUUAUUUAUCUGGCUCCAAGUGACGUCAUCAAGCUGCUCCGCCCCAAAACCGCCUCCUGCGCGUACCGAUCGCAGUUUUGAAGCAGAGUGACUUGACUUGGUAUAUAUAGACUUAGCUAUUACUAAGCUCAUGAACCUGCCCAUGGAAAUACCCACAACAGCCUCUAACGAAAGCCUUAUCAAAUGUAUGUGUGUGUGUGUGUGUGUGUGUGUGUGUGUGUGUGUGUGUGUGUGUGUGUGUGUGUGUAGGCCCAGAAAUGGAUAAUAUGACCCGAAGAGCUUCAGACAACGCUGGGAACUGAAACGAUGCUCUUUUAUUUUUUACAAUCUGACCUUGUUUUCUUGAGGAUUGAGUUGCAAAGUAUCAAUACAGUCUUAUUUUCACACGUGGGUGGUUAUUAGUCUUAAUAUUGCACUCAUUACCACAGCACAACCCUUUUAAUGGUCACCCACGAUCCCCAUGUUGAGGCAUGAGGAAAAUAAGACUGUAUCGUAUGCAUGUUACACCAUUGCCAAAUUAUCGUACUCAGCCUCAUAUUUACCGGUUUCUGAGCCAUAACUAUUGCCAAAAGUCACCAAUGAUUAACCGUCUUAAUGAUAACUAUAUAUGAAGACAGUUAUUGGGGUCAAGGAUUCAGUUUCCAAAGUCCUCAAAGGAGAUUAGUCGGGUUCCCACGAGUGUUUUUCAUGUUCACGGUGCGAAAGUCUUGUCCAACCAUCACUGGACUCAUUAAACUACCCACGGAACUACCCACAACAACCUUUAUACGGAGUCCUAAAAAGGGUCUAUUACACUGAGCAAAUUUUCCGUGGGUCUUCAGUCAAACCACGAUUUCCGCUGGCGUGGUUCUCCUAUUUCCGUGGUUUUCUGACGUGUCCACGAUCUUCCAAAGCUACGGUAGAUUUCACUGAAGGAAGACGGUAUUACUCACCAUCAUCAUCAGCAGCAAUAACAAGAAACAAAUGAGAACCACGCCAGCGGAGAUCGUGGUUUGACUGAAGAUCCACGGAAAAUUUGCCCCGUGUAAUAGCCCUUUUAUAAAAUCUGUUAACUGCUCAUAGAUAUACCCACAGCACCCUCUACGAAAGCCUUAACAUACCUGGGUGUGUAAGCUCUGAAAUGUUUGAGACUAUGCGCCUCAUUAGUGCUAAGAAAGAUCAUUUAGAAUAUCAUUUUUUUAACUAAGAACCGCGCAGCAAGUGUUCACCAUUUUGAGGAAGGCUAGGUCAGUCCAGCGCCAAUGUGACUCAGAGGGGAUGAGAAACAGCAACGAGAGCUUCUGUAUCUUAAAACCUGAACGAAGAAUGGCGACAGUAGAUAGAGGAGGAGAUAACAGUACCGUGGUUGAGACGAAUCUUAAUAGCAGGCAUAAUGUUGUCAGAGGGGUGAGGAGUAGGAGGAAUAUGCCCCGAAUCGUCCAGAGUGGAGUUUUUAGAGAGCGUUUGAGCGAAGUGUUCAGUCUUAGAGAUAGAUAUGACGGUGGUGCAGAUAUGAAGAAUGAAUGAAAUGUUCAGAGACGCAGGAGGAAUAUGCCCCGAAUCGUCCAGAGUGGAGGUUUUAGAGAGCGUUUGAGCGAGGUGUUGCAGAUAUGAAGAAUGAAUGAAGUGAUCGGAGACAGGGAUAAGAGUAUAUAGAGUAACUGAAACUAAGGAAAAUAAUUAAAAUACGCGUAAUAAGAUGAUUCCCUUGUACAUACCAUUGAUGCUACUCCUAGUAUAUAUUUAUACAAUGAACCAAAAAAAUGUCUAAUGCACCCUA